AGGAGGGACGCGGUGGGAGGAGGAGGAGCAGCAGCAGCGGCAGCAGCAGCAGCAGGGGAGGGCUGUCAAAUUCGGGUGCCAGAUUCUCCCCCCCUUCCCCCUUUCCCCCGGCGAUCCCUUCCGCGGGCCCGGCUUCUGGUGCGUGACAUCUGCGGCCCCGGGACCUUGGAUGUGGGUGCGCGCGAAGGAGCGGAAGAAUGGCAGUGCUCAAACUCACCGACCAGCCACCGCUGGUUCAGGCAAUCUUCAGUGGUGAUCCAGAGGAGAUAAGGAUGCUCAUCCAUAAAACCGAAGAUGUGAAUGCCUUGGAUUCAGAGAAACGAACUCCCCUUCAUGUGGCUGCAUUUCUGGGAGACGCAGAGAUCAUUGAACUCCUCAUUCUGUCAGGAGCUCGUGUAAAUGCCAAGGACAACAUGUGGCUGACACCACUCCACCGGGCUGUUGCUUCCAGAAGUGAGGAGGCAGUACAAGUAUUGAUUAAGCACUCAGCAGAUGUCAACGCGAGAGACAAGAACUGGCAGACGCCCCUCCACGUGGCAGCUGCCAAUAAGGCUGUCAAAUGUGCAGAAGUGAUCAUCCCACUGCUCAGCAGCGUCAAUGUCUCCGACCGAGGGGGGCGCACAGCCUUGCACCACGCCGCUCUCAAUGGCCAUAUCGAGAUGGUUAAUUUACUCUUGGCCAAAGGAGCAAACAUCAAUGCAUUCGACAAGAAGGACCGCCGCGCCCUCCAUUGGGCAGCAUAUAUGGGCCACCUGGAUGUUGUAGCAUUGCUCAUUAACCAUGGUGCAGAAGUUACCUGUAAGGAUAAGAAGGGUUAUACCCCCCUGCAUGCUGCGGCCUCUAAUGGACAGCUCAAUAUUGUUAAACAUCUCCUGAAUCUGGGGGUAGAGAUUGAUGAAAUCAAUGUCUAUGGAAAUACAGCACUUCACAUUGCCUGCUACAAUGGACAGGAUGCUGUGGUUAAUGAGCUAAUCGACUACGGUGCUAAUGUGAACCAGCCCAACAACAACGGCUUCACCCCUUUGCAUUUUGCUGCUGCCUCUACUCACGGUGCUCUGUGUCUGGAAUUGUUAGUAAACAACGGGGCAGAUGUUAACAUUCAGAGUAAAGAUGGCAAAAGUCCACUGCACAUGACAGCUGUCCAUGGAAGGUUCACACGGUCACAAACCCUCAUUCAGAAUGGUGGUGAAAUCGACUGUGUGGAUAAGGAUGGCAACACACCUCUCCAUGUGGCUGCAAGAUACGGCCAUGAACUUUUGAUUAACACCUUAAUAACCAGUGGAGCUGACACAGCCAAGUGUGGAAUCCAUAGCAUGUUCCCCUUACAUUUAGCUGCCCUAAACGCUCACUCUGACUGCUGCAGAAAGUUGCUCUCAUCAGGCUUUGAAAUAGACACCCCAGAUAAAUUUGGAAGAACGUGCCUUCAUGCUGCUGCUGCAGGAGGUAAUGUGGAAUGUAUAAAACUCUUGCAGAGCAGUGGAGCAGAUUUCCGUAAAAAGGACAAAUGCGGGCGGACUCCUUUGCAUUAUGCAGCUGCAAAUUGUCAUUUCCAUUGUAUUGAGACAUUAGUGACCACAGGAGCCAACGUUAAUGAAACAGAUGACUGGGGGCGGACAGCACUACACUAUGCUGCUGCAUCAGACAUAGACAGAAGUAAGACUAUCUUAGGAAAUGGCCAUGAAAAUUCUGAAGAACUUGAAAGAGCCAGGGAGAUGAAGGAAAAGGAAGCCGCUUUAUGUUUAGAGUUCCUGCUUCAGAAUGAUGCCAAUCCAUCCAUCCAGGACAAAGAAGGCUACAAUAGUAUCCACUAUGCUGCUGCCUACGGCCACAGGCAAUGUCUGGAACUGCUUUUGGAAAGAACCAACACUGGUUUUGAAGAAUCUGAUUCCGGCGCUACCAAAAGUCCACUCCAUUUAGCUGCCUACAAUGGGCACCAUCAGGCCUUGGAGGUCCUUCUGCAGUCUCUGGUCGACCUGGACAUCAGGGAUGAGAAAGGCCGCACCGCUCUGGAUCUGGCUGCCUUCAAGGGACACACGGAGUGUGUAGAAGCCCUGAUAAACCAGGGUGCAUCCAUCUUUGUGAAAGACAACGUCACCAAAAGAACGCCGCUUCAUGCCUCAGUUAUUAAUGGUCACACCUUGUGUUUGCGGCUAUUACUGGAAAUCGCAGACAACCCGGAAGUAGUUGAUGUCAAAGAUGCCAAAGGACAAACCCCGCUAAUGCUUGCAGUAGCAUAUGGACACAUUGAUGCUGUCUCCUUGUUACUUGAAAAGGAAGCAAACGUAGAUGCUGUUGACAUUAUGGGAUGUACAGCUUUACACAGAGGGAUUAUGACAGGACAUGAAGAGUGUGUGCAAAUGCUGCUGGAACAAGAAGUGUCCAUUCUCUGCAAAGAUUCCCGAGGGAGAACGCCCUUGCACUACGCAGCUGCAAGGGGCCACGCCACAUGGCUGAGUGAGCUGCUUCAGAUGGCUCUUUCUGAGGAGGACUGUUGUUUCAAAGACAACCAAGGCUACACACCGCUGCACUGGGCUUGUUACAAUGGUAAUGAAAACUGUCUAGAGGUACUUUUGGAGCAGAAAUGUUUUCGAAAAUUUAUGGGUAAUCCCUUCACUCCACUGCACUGUGCAAUAAUAAAUGACCAUGAGAAUUGUGCAUCAUUGCUGCUGGGGGCCAUAGAUUCCAAUAUUGUCAGUUGUCGAGAUGACAAAGGCAGGACACCCCUUCAUGCGGCAGCUUUUGGGGAUCAUGUAGAAUGCUUGCAGCUUCUUUUGAGACACAAUGCCCAAGUGAACGCAGUGGAUAAUUCAGGAAAGACGGCGCUGAUGAUGGCCGCUGAGAACGGACAGGCAGGUGCUGUGGAUAUCUUGGUGAAUAGUGCCCAGGCUGAUCUGACUAUAAAGGAUAAAGACUUGAAUACACCAUUACAUUUGGCUAGUAGCAAAGGUCAUGAAAAAUGUGCCUUGUUAAUACUUGACAAGAUACAAGAUGAGAGCCUUAUUAAUGCAAAAAACAAUGCACUGCAGACACCCCUUCAUGUUGCUGCGCGCAAUGGCUUGAAGGUCGUAGUUGAGGAGCUGUUGGCCAAAGGAGCCUGUGUUCUUGCUAUAGAUGAAAAUGGUCAUACCCCGGCCCUCGCUUGUGCUCCUAGCAAAGACGUGGCUGACUGCCUGGCUCUCAUUUUGGCUACCAUGAUGCCUUUUUCUCCUCCCAGUACAAUGACGGCUGUCAACUUCGUUUGUUUUAAAAAAGACAAUUUGAGCAGGACGACCCUCUCCAACCUAGGUAGCAUGGUUAGCCUGUGCAGUAACAACGUAGGCUCCGAGGACGGGUACAAUGAAAAUGAUUCUGAUUCUGAAACAUUCUGACUUUGGACUGUAGAAGCUUUUUCUUGAUCAUCUAUGCUGGAGGAAGGGAAAGAAAGAAGCUUGAACUCCAAGUUUAUGCUGUGUCCCCAGUAUUUGGAGACCACAGCCAAUAGAGAAAGCAUCAACCGAAGGGAGGCGAGCUAGGCUGGCUGUAGUGUGAAAUGCUCACACGAAUGUGUCCUGAUUUUGUUUUGUUUCUCGUUUUCCUUAAAUCUAAGGUACUUCUCUGAAAGACUACCUCUCAUUCUAAGCAAAGAAUUUCAAAGUAUUAUGUUAUUUUUCUCUGGGGGUAAUACAACAGACCGGCAACUGUUCACUAUAGAGACCCCUCCCCAUCCCCCUACAUACUUAGCAGUUUAGUUCUUAGAAGGCCAUCAAUGUGACAUUCAUGUCCCCUGGGAGGGGAGGGCUGGGAUGGACAGGAAACCGCUUCUCCUUUAAUGUUUACUCCCUUACUAGAAGCCAGAGGUAAAGGUGUUCAUCUUCAGAGCUAAAAAUGCCUAUAAUAAUAUUUCUUUUCUUUUGUUUUCUUUUUUAAAAAAAGGGAAUCCAAACUAUUUCUGUCCUCUCUGUAGUAAGAACUUAAAUGUCCUCAAUUUCCUUCUGAGGAUGUUUGUUCAGAUGGCCUAAUGAAUGGAAAAACUGAAUGUGCUUUAUUUUAGUUAAAACAAAUAUGGCACCAGUGCUUCCCAUUAAUAAGCCUGGGACAAAUUUUUCACCCAGGUGAUUGAACCCAAAUCUAGCCACUAACAUUCCAGGCAUGAAAUUAUUUUGCACCAAAGCAUUGAGACAACAUGCCAAUUUCAUGUGAAACAGCCCUCAGAUAAUUUGUUCUUUAAAUCAAAAAACUUUUUUGAAGACAUCAGAAUCGUCAGCAUUGUCAAUGAAUUAGUAAAAUAUUAAGUGAGCUUCUCAGUCAAGGAGUCAAGUCCUUGUCAAGUGAGUGAAAGGGUGAUUAUCAACGGGAACCAAGGAAGUGGAUGCAGGAAGUAGAAAUGGGAGAUAUGGAAAUGAAAUCCAAUUGCCAGUUGCUUGAUGAUGAAAUCAACAUAGUGACUACUGUGUCUACUCCCUCUGCCAAAGCUUCUAGGUUGAAUGGACCCCGUUCUACACUUGGAACAGCUGUACAAAAAGAAGAAUGAGACUUUAAAAAUUAUGCACAGACACACGUUGGUGUGUAUAUAAAUAUGUACGUAGUCCCUCAACCAGCUAUCCAUGAGGACCAAUACUUCAGACUCAAAUGGAAGAUUUAAAUUUUUUUCUUUCAAAAUGCGAGUGAGAACUGUAGUAGCUUUUCUAUGGAGUUUUAAAAAAAAAAUGUAAUCUUUUUGUGUACCAGUCUUUAUUGUAUUUUAUAUUUCUUAUGACACAGAUUUCUAGUUGAUGGUUUAACAUUUGUAAUUGAUGAUGUGUUGACCACAGUUUAUUUUCUUGCCAAACUAGAGAAAAUGUCUGUAUACUUCUGAGGUGAAUGUGUUUAUAUUUAUUUGAAAUGAAACAAAUGCCAAGGAAACAUUUACUGUUACUUCUCUGUUUUAAUUGCUGUGUACUUAUUUGGAAUAUAAAAAAAAAGUGGAAAAUUACCCUUGACCCUUGGUUAGACAACAGCACUGGGGACUAAUCCAGCAUUUCCACUACUAAUGUUUCCGGCCAGCCCUCAGGUUCAUUCAUUGCUCAGCCCCAGCUUAUAAGAUAUUGCCCUUCUUAUGCAAGAUGAAAACUGAAAUGUGAGGUGUAUCAUGUACAUCAAGGUGGCCCAAAGGAAAAUAAAAAACAAAUUACCCUAAAUACACUGAAAAUCUUAAAAAGAAAUGGGAAAUGAUGUCAGCUAGGACACUGUGCCAAGAGAGGGUUAAAAAUCACCAGCCCAAAUGAUAUUUUCCAAUUGAGGAAGAGACAGGGAAGAAAGAUGUUGCACAAAGGCAGGCCUUUUCAACAUUUUAUAAUAGCUUACAUCUUCACCCUGCACAUUUCUAUUUUAUAGUGUCUGUGUGAGAUCAUUUUUUUUAAAACUGUCCAUCACAUCUGUAUACAUAUGGAUAAUGUAUUAUUUUUUCCAUCAGCUGCAAAAGACUUUAAUCAUAUUCUUUUAAUGGCCUAGGUGCAAUUAAAACUCAUCGUGUAUGUUCAACUUCAACAUGAGAACAUAUUCAAAGGUCUUAUAAGGAAAAUAGAAUUAUAAUUUUAUAAAAAUUUCCUCCACCACCACCACCAUUAUUUUUUAAACUCUUGGUGUUAUGUUUUCUUCCAUCUUCCAUUCUUUUUGUUCAGAGAAGAUGGAUUUUUUAAGUAGAUAAAUUGUUAAUAAGCAAUAAUGCCUUUGUCAUCAAAACACUGAAUAUAGGCACUUCAGUGUUGAGGAAACAUGCUACACUGAGCUGUCAUUUUCUAGAAGUGAAUGGAAAUCUUGCUCAGUUGGCAUUUAAAGCAAGAAAGGAAAUGCUUGCAUUAAUGGUAAGGCAGCAUUAACAUUUUUUCCUAUAGAAUGACUGAGAAUAGAAGGAUGGUUCAGCAAAGCAGUGAACUAUCAUGAGACAUUUUAUCCACAGAGCUGCACUUGGACUCUUCCUCACUCAUUUUAAUAGAAGGACAAAGGAACACAAUGCUUACAAUGAACUGGUCAUUCAGUCAAUCUCUCCCCUCAUUUGGUUUCUCUCUUCCAACAAGACCUUUUUUUUCUUUAAAGAAAUAACUUUAAAACAAAAUUUCUGUGUAUUUCAAUUAAAUCACUUAGAAAUAAAAUUAUGUUUGCAACCUAACUUUCUGAGAAGGGAAAAAUCAGAAAAUGCAUUUUGAAUCAAGUCCUAGUUGAUGAGUGCUUUACCUUAAUGUGUUAUGUUUAGACUCUUGUUUUAUCCAUAGCCAUGAUGAUCAUGUUUUAUUAUCUAUUUGCCAGUGUCUGCCUACCUUUGCUAAAUACAUUCCUAUCUCGAAAUUGCCUAAAAUCUGCUAUGAUUGAUUCUACAGUAAAUAGCUCAGGGGAUUUCUAUUUAUCAUUACUAAAAGGGCACCAGAGUAUGUUUUGGUACUUUAGGCAGUGAACAGCUGCUUAUUUUAGUAUUUUGUCUUAUUUUAGUAUUGAGUUAGGAGAAGAACAUCUAGUGGGCUUGCUGCACUAGUUAUUCUUCGUAUUGUUGAGCAACUUAAUUUGCUUUUCUCUUUCUUUGGUUUCUUGAAGAACUCAUCUUUUUAAAACAAUUUUGGUCUUGUAACAUGAAGUUAGAGUGCCUUUUAUAUUUGUAUAUUCUGAAACUGUUCUGUGAAAUUGUUCUCAUUUGAGUGUUAUCAGAGCAAUAUAAUACCAGUAAGUUUUCAUUUCAACCUUCCUUUGUACAAAGUGUUUGUUUCCUAUUUCCCCAUUUUUUUCUGCUUUGAAAAUGAAAAUGCUGAAGUUUUCUAUAGGAAUGAUGUUUGAUUUUGCAGUGCUAAAAUGCUUUCUUCUUACAAAACUGUAAACCAUAGGUCAGUAUUAUAGGGGAAAAGCGUUUUAAGAUAGUGACAAUCUGAGUGUGUGUAUAAAAUGUAAUCCUAUGUGUUUCUUACACAGUGAUUUAAGGGUUCCAUGCAAGUAUCUUUUGUUUGGUAGUUUCGUCUACAGACUUUCUGCUUUAGCAUGUGCAAUAUAUCUUUGCAAAGCACGAUGAUACGAAUUUGGUGCCAGUGUUUUAUUUUGUAUAACAUCUUUGUACCAGCAUAAAAUAUUGUUUGCUAUUUCAAUGGGAUUUUUGUCUGAAAUGUUUUCUUAUGUAAAUUGGAGUUAAAUGACUCCAGGAAAUGUCAUGACUGUAAAAAUGAGGAAAACGGCUUUUAGUUCAGUGAAUGACUUUGAACCAGUCUGAAUCGUCUCAAGCACAGUUUAAUACUUUUGCAACUACUGAAUGCUCUAAUAAUGUAAUGAAGUACUUAACUGUAAUAUACUUUGGAAAUGCAUUCAGAUGGUUAUUUUUACAAAUAAAAAUGGUACAAAUAUUGUC